GGAGAAGAUGAUCUGCAGGAUCCUGCUGCUCAUCAUCCUCACCUCAUGUGUCUCUGGAUCAUUUGUAGUCAAUGUGACACAGACCUCCUAUCAGGCAGAGGAGAACCACAACAUCACACUGGAGUGGACGUUCACCACCAAACCUGACAGAUCCACCAAAACUCUCAACAUCCUCUGUGAACUCUUCAUCAGUGAUAAACUCUCAGUCCUGUAUCAUGUUCAUGAAGGUGUUGAGGUGUCAGAGUCUCAGGAUGAAAAGUUUUCAGGACGAGUCCAGAGUGACAAAGACGCCCUCAGAGAAGGACGAAUCAGACUUCAGCUGUCCAGACUCAGGACUGAUGACUCGGGUCUGUACCUGUGUGAGGUCAACACUGAUUAUGGCUUCAGUGUUGGAAGAUGUCGACUCAACGUAACUGCAGCUGCUGAUCAGCUCCAACCACCGAGACCAACUCUGAGUUCAAGAGAAGAGAGUCGGGAAAGAACCUCAGUUUAUAUUGUACUGGGACUGACAGCAACAGCUCUAAUGUGUGUCAGUCUGGCUGCUGUCAAUCAUUCUGUAUUAAGGAAAAACAAAAAAAGAAAAGAACGAAGAAAAGAAACAUUGGGUCUCCAGAGCUUUUUGGUAAGACAUAAUUAACCAGCAGAUUCUCUUCAUUUAACAUCUGUUCAAGAGCCAGAAGAUAAGGUAGUGCUAUAAAUGUAACAUUUACAUGUGACAGAGUUUAAAUUAAUAGAAAUGUAAUGAUAAGUGUUGCUGUACAUACUGCUUUUCUUCUGAAAAUGAUGACUUUCAUUGUGCUGCUUCAUUUUGUAAAUUAUUGUGUUUAUGAGAAAAUUGUUUCUGAGUUUCUUUGUCUAAAUCUUUUUUUUCAAAGCACCAUACGUUUUCAAACAUCUAUCAACAAAGAAAAAACACUCUUUACUGGCAUCAGUUCUGUAAAGGACACAUGUUCAGACCGAGUGAAAGGCGAAAGAUUCAAUUCCAACAAGUCUAAACACUAUAUAUCUCUGAGAAAACUGCAAAUUUGAAUUUCUCAAUACAUGCUGAUGAC